CUCUAUUCUUUUUUUUGUGAAGAAAACAUAAUUUCCAUUGGCUUUGUUUAUUACUCAAGCUUACAUUAGUGGUGUAUACGUAGUUUCAACGAUGGCACUUUGGACGCAAAACCCAGAAAAGGCGAAUUAUGUCAAUUCAUAUUUCGCCGGCAUGAGUUCAAUGGCAACCAGGAUAAUUGAACGAAAGGAAUCCAUUAAAUUGUCAUACGGCGAAGAACGUUGGAACAACAUUUCCUGCUCUGAGCAAGAAAAGAUGUUGGAUAAAUACAUUAUAACUCCAGAUGCGAGUUCCAGGUACAAAUCAGUUACCUCUGAAAUGGCACCAUUAGAGCACGUUGAGAGGGUGUUCCCCACACUUAUUAUGCGCAGUGGACAGACUAUUGUUAAGCGGAUGGAUGACGCUAAGAAUGAGGAAAUAUGUUUCAAAGAUGAACAUUCUGAUCCAUUCUGUUGGGAAACAAGGAGCCAAAUGAACAUGGUUAUGCCUCCUCCUGUGGCAAGGAAAGUUACGACUCCUGUUAAGAUAAAAACGCAAAUCAAAUGAAGGGAAAACAAACACGACAAACAUGAAAGUUGUGAAUGCGACCAUAUCAGCUAAUGGUGUUUCUACUUUAUCUGACGUAACUAAUUCAUCAAACAAUGAUAAACACGAAGAAGUAAAGAAAUUAGCUCCUACUAAACUCAAAUAUGUUUCUUCAUCAACAAACCAGAGUCGUACGAACCGAAACAACAAUCAAACACAUCAGUCAACUACAGAAGCAGCACGUUUAUACAGCUUACCCACUAAAGAUCACACCCAGUCAUCUAGUUAUCAGAAGAACAAAUCUUCCAGGAUUAACCCAAGAGCUUCCCUUACUCUUGAUGAUACUGAACAACUUAACGCUGAAGAUACUCCAGGUGCGAUUAGGAACCUGGAGGUUGCACUGCAGGAACAAAAUAAAUAUGUGGAGAUGAAUAAAAUGAAAGUGGCGCGACAAUAUAGCAACACAAGAACAUCUAGUAAUCCAGAUACAUACAAGAUGACAGAUGACGUAUCUUCUUGUGAACAAAAAUCAUUAAGUGCAAGUGAAGAAUGUUCCCCCCUGCUUAAAAGAUCAGAGAUUGCAGUCGUAGACACAACUUCUGUAAGGAAAUCUGGAUAUGAUUUUUUGGACAACUGGUGAAAAAUCUACCGCGAAUAUUUGGUUUUGUAUCAAAAGUAAUGGAUGGAGUCGCUGUAAGGAUUUUAUUCAUUGGUGCUUCCAACUGCUUCUGUGUUUUCUUGCUGCCUAAUUGUUUUUACUUAUCGUGAUUUAUAUGUGCUGUUAAUAUGGUGCUGAAAUAUCUCAGCAAAUUUCUAAUGGUUUCUACAUCGGUUUUUAUAAAACUAAAAGCUUUUCUAUUUUUAU